GCCGUACCGUCCGGGCGGCGUGUUGCAUCUUGGUUCAGUGUGUACUGCGUGUGUCGAGUGUUUCCUCGCCACUGUCGCCACCACCAAAAUGAACCGCGAGAGCUUAGCGGCGGGCGAGCGGCUGGUGUCGGCGGCUUACGUGCGGCAGGGCUGUGAGGCCCGCCGCUCGCAUGAGCACCUCAUACGGCUGCUUCUGGAGAAGGGCAAGUGUCCAGAGGAUGGUUGGGAAGAAAGUACACUUGAACUUUUUUUACAUGAACUUGCAGUCAUGGAUAGCAACAAUUUCCUGGGCAAUUGUGGUGUGGGAGAAAGGGAAGGGAGAGUGGCAUCUGCCUUAGUUGCUCGGCGUCAUUACAGGUUCAUUCAUGGAAUUGGACGAUCGGGUGAUAUUUCUGCUGUGCAACCAAAAGCUGCAGGUUCUAGCCUUUUGAACAAAAUUACCAAUUCUUUGGUCCUGGACAUCAUAAAGUUGGCUGGUGUCCCUACAGUGACCAACUGCUUUGUAGUUCCCAUGGCAACUGGUAUGAGUCUAACCUUGUGUUUCUUAACAUUACGACACAAAAGACCAAAGGCAAAGUAUAUUAUAUGGCCGAGAAUAGACCAGAAGUCCUGCUUUAAAUCCAUGAUCACUGCAGGUUUUGAGCCUGUGGUGAUAGAGAACGUUUUAGAAGGUGACGAGCUGCGCACAGACCUGAAAGCAGUGGAGGCUAAAGUCCGGGAACUUGGGCCCGAUUCCAUUCUGUGUGUUCAUUCCACCACAGCCUGUUUUGCUCCAAGGGUGCCUGAUAGAUUAGAAGAACUGGCUGUGAUUUGUGCUAAUUAUGGCAUUCCACAUAUAGUCAACAAUGCUUAUGGAUUGCAGGCUUCAAAGUGUAUGCAUCUCAUCCAGCAGGGGGCUCGGGUUGGCAGAAUAGAUGCUUUCGUUCAGAGCUUGGACAAAAAUUUUAUGGUUCCAGUAGGUGGCGCUAUAAUUGCUGGCUUUAAUGAUUCCUUCAUUCAGGAAAUCAGCAAGAUGUAUCCAGGAAGAGCUUCAGCUUCACCUUCUUUAGAUGUCCUUAUUACUUUAUUAUCACUUGGAUCAAAUGGCUAUAAGAAGCUAUUAAAAGAAAGAAAGGAAAUAUUUUUAUGUUUGUCCAGCCAACUGAAGAAGCUGUCAGAAAGCUACAAUGAAAGACUGUUGCAUACACCUCACAAUCCCUUAUCUUUAGCCAUGACACUUAAGACACUAGGUGAACACCAAGAUAGAGCUGUCACUCUGCUUGGCUCAAUGCUUUUUACCAGACAGGUUUCUGGAGCCAGGGUUGUGCCUCUUGGGUCAGUGCAAACCGUGAGUGGCCACACUUUCCGAGGCUUUAUGUCACAUACAAAUAAUUACCCUUGCGCUUACCUCAACGCUGCAGCGGCCAUUGGAAUGAAGACACAGGAUGUGGACUUGUUCAUAAAGAGACUUGACAAGUGUUUAAAGACAGUAAGAAAAGAACAAAAUAAAGAGAGUAAUGCAUCUGGAGUUGACAAUUACGACAAAACUGAAGAUGUGGGUAUUGAAGACAUGGCUUUAAAGCUAGAUCAUGUGCUUCUCGACACGUACCAGAAUUCUUCGUGACAGGUGAAAGGUUUCUUCUUGAUCAUUUGAAAGAAGGGAUGAGGCUGCAGUACAAGUAAGCAGUUUAAAGAUGAGGCUUGAGGUUUUGGACUUGAGACUGUCACGGAGAAUAUUUGGUCAAGGUGUAGAAUGUGGUCUGAGCCAGCCAUUGAUGACUGUUAUGUUUUCAUACUCUUAGAUUGCCUCAAACAUUGUGAUCCUUAACCGAUAAAAUACAAUCAGGAUUUUUCUAAUUGUUGGAAUAUUUGUCAAUUAAGCAUUAUGAUUCAGAUAAUUCUUAUUAAUGUGACAGUAAAAUUACUUCUAAUUCUUUUUGAAAUGUGUAAGCUGCUUCCUCCUAACAAUUUCCUACCAUUCACAAAUUACUUAUGUUUCUAGUCACAGAGAAUUUAGAAUGAUCUAAUGCUACUAUGUACAAGAUGUUGACGUGUGUAAGGACACUCUGCCUGUGAAAUGGACAUUCCCCAGGGAAGCCGAGUCCAGGCGUAAACUUUAGUUUGCACUCAGUAGCCGUGGUUCUCAACUGGGGAUGAUUUACUUAUAUCUAAGCAACAUCUGGGGACAUUUUUGGUGGUCACAACUUGUGGCAUGCUGUUGACAUCUAGGGGUGGAGACAGGGGUACUACUGUCAGCAGCCUACAACGGAUGAGACGGCGUCCCAGAACAAAGCCCCGAAUCGCGGUGAUACUGACGUCGAGCAAUGCUGCUCUAAACCAACUCCUCAAGUGAAGUUUUCCACGGCAACUUUCAUCGCUCAGUAGUGCUUCAAAGGAGAAAGCUCCGUGGAUGUUCUCAGAUGAUACAGCAUUAGAUUCCUGAAUGAUAACCAGGGUCACCGCUUCUGAACAUGAGUUUACAUGGCACUUGUGCAUUUUUCCGUGUGGGCAAGUGAAAGCUUUAUUCCACUGUUUUUGCUUUAAGCAGGCUCUCAUAUUGGUUAGUUUGUUCAGGUGUUGUGCACAGUCAUUAUCAAGAGUGGUUAACCUGGGUAUUUUUGAACAUAUUUUUGCUAGGGAGGUGAAGAUGAUAUAGAAGGAUAAACAGGUGUAUUCCCCUCCUCCCCCCUCCCACAUGCUCACUUUCAUAGUCUGAUAUUCCAGACUUAUUGGCUAUAACAAUUUUUGUGGUUUAUUUUUAAGAAAUAGACUAAUGUCUCAGAGCCUGAGGAAUUAGUGAAGCUUUUGUGUACGCCAGAAUCCCAAAGCCGUAUUUCUCAAGACCUGCUCGGUGGAGCGGUAUUCCUAUGAGAUGCUCAUGGGGUUAAAGCAUUCCAUGGGCAGAUUAUUUGGGGCCUUCGUAAACCUGCCUAUCAGCACAUUAAAGACUCUGAGAAUUCCUUGGAAACCAACUGAAAUGUGUCCUUAUCCAAAGGUGGAACCCUUUUUUUCAAUUAAAUACUUACCGACAUCCCACUGAACAUGCUUUUGAAAACGCUGCAGUUGAGAAUGUGGCCUUGGUUUCUGGGUUGUGUUUUUCUCUGUCGAUUUGGUAGUGUAAACCAUCUCAAACAUGAGCUCAGAGAGAUACUACUCCCGUCAGUGUGUAAGUUAAAAUACUCUGACACUAGCUUGACCACCUUGGACAUCAAGACUGUUGAGAUAAGUACAUAAUUAUCAAUAUUGUAAAGGUUACUUUUAAAUUGUUGUAUUUUUGGGGUUUCUGGUAUUUUAGAUGUCUUUUUUUAAUAGCUAUAGCAACACAUUCUAGAGGAGUAAAUCCUGGAUUAAAAGGUGGUGUGAGGUGUUUUAGGUGAAUUUAGGACUGAGUUGUACAACCAAUAACGCGGAAGAGUCCCAGCCGUGCCUCUGGAGUCUGCAAGAGGGAACAGAGCAGUGUUGCAGAUGAGAAGUGCUGGUGGCUCAGCUUCGUGUGCACGUGAGCCAGGACGGUGUUCUAGAACAAGUGAUCUGUAUCAUGUGACCAUCAUUUAGCUUGAUAAGGCUGGACGGUUUUCUAGAACAGGUGAUCUGUACCGUGUGACCAUCAUCUAGCUUGAGAAGGCCAGACCGUUUUCUAGAACACGUGAUCUGUACCGUGUGACCAUCAUCUAGCUUGAAAAGGCCAGACCGUUUUCUAGAACACGUGAUCUGUACCGUGUGAGCAUCAUUUAACUUGAGAAGGCCAGACGGUUUUCUAGAACAGGUGAUCUGUAUCAUGUGACCAUCAUUUAGCUUAAGACAGCCGGACAGUUUUCUAGAACAGGUGAUCUGUACCGUCUGACCAUCAUCUAGCUUGAGAAGGCCGGACCAUUUCUAGAACACGUGAUCUGUACCGUGUGAGCGUCAUUUAGCUUGAGAAGUCCGGAGGGUUUUCUAGAACAGGUGAUCUGUACCGUGUGACCAUAGCUUGAGACGGCCGGAGCUGAGGGACCAGCAAACAUGUUCUCAUCUGUGGUACGUCAGCAGUUCUUGGGCUUCAGCUGCUGAAUAGAUAAUAAUUCUAAUUGAAGGUAAAUUACACAAAUCCACAUGUGAAUGAUAGAUGUGUUGCUAACAUUUCAUUCCUGGUGCAUAAAAUCAGCUGCAGUUUUUAUGAUUAGCUCUUUCUUUUCAGAGGUUUGGAAUAGCAGUUCUGUUCCUGCUGGUUUAAAUUUGACCUUGAGGUCCUGGAAUUCACGAGAGUUUCUGAAGGGGUGCUCUAGGUUCUGCUAAUUCAGGCUUGCCUUCACUUCCACUCCAGUGUCGUUUUCGCUCACUCUCGCCCACUUCCACGUAUAAGUGUAAAAAAGUAUGUACGUACAAUUAUUUUAAAUUGCUGGUACUGAUCGGUAAACCUCAUAAUUGGCCUUCAUCACCCUUGAACUAUGGCAGAGGGGCAACAGCGGAUCCAUUUCCUAAUCAUGACCAAAAUAGGGUUUAUGAUCCAACUGGCCUUAUUAAGGCUCUCAGGUAGAGUUCUGGAGUUUGGUUUUUAAAGUCCCUGGACUGUGGUAGUCUUCCCAGAAAAGAAAAUUGAGUAACACACAAUAUUCUUUAGGUCACAACACAAUGUGUUACACGCACAGUAGGGAAAGGUAUUCUAAAGUCCAGCUCUCAGUUUGGCUCUUAUGUCCUCUGUUGAUGAAUUCUUACUCUAUCAGGGAAUGAUAUGUGAUACCAGCCUCAGGAGCUCCGUGUUCAACCAUAAAUCUUUCUAUUUAGCUUUUUGUAUUAGUUGAAUGAAGUUAUAGAAUGUGAAUUAUUGAAUACAGUUCUGUUCAGCCAAUAGGCACUUGAUAUACAGAGUGGUAAAUUUAAAUAUAAAUUAAGUUUUUCUGAUAUUUCUCCCCAGCACAGAACUUUCCUGUGGUUCUGUUUCUGUAAGCACCCCAUUGUGACUGUCAUCGAGCCUAAGCUAUAGGCUGUGUUUUCAUUUGUGGACUGUUAGCCUAUGAUAGGCUUUAGUAAAAUUUAAAUGAAAUAAAGACUUUUUUAACCAGUGAUAUUACAUUAAUCCUGAAUUAGUAACUCAUCAUGAGAGUAAAAUUCUUGUGUCCUUUCAAAGAGAAUAGCCAACAGUUGACAAUAACAGCAAACUGGUGAGUCUCGUUCGUGUAACACUCAGAGAAAGGUUUUGGCAUACAUACACAUUUGGUGCACACAAAACUUGGGGUUUCUCUUCCCAUUUCCUAAGAUGUCCUAAUUUCUCACAAGCCCUUAAAUGAUGUUGUUACGUUUUUGCAUUCAUGAGGUUGACUUUAUUUGGAAACGAAAAAAUAAUCCAGUUUGUAUACACAGAAGCCUGGUCCUCUCAGAAGUUAGGUACCCUCUGAAUAAAUUUGAUAAAAACUGUGAUUAUGCUGUUAGCAGUUAAAACAAAUUCCUGUAAGCAGCUUUUCUUUGUCUGUCACACUGUGUGGCUUCCAUGUCUCUUAUGGCCGCACUUAGUGUUCAGGUCUGAGACAUCCCCACCUUGUCGCUCUGUGCCUUUCUCCUUGCUUUCCUGCUCCUUCAGCCGUAUGCCAUGUACACGUCAGGUGAGGAGUUUGGGGCUAAUGAAUAUAUCUCCAUUAUAUCCCACCUACUCUUCAGGUCAAUCUAAGGCCUUAGGCAAAAUCUGGAAGUGUUUAUACUGUCUUGUGUUUAUCAAGCGGUGUCAACUUGAACUUGUAGAGAAAUGUGAAGAAAAGCUAAGUUUCACUGUGUAAUUGUGAGGGGACGCUACCUACUAGAAUUGAAGCUGAUGUCAGCCUGCUGCCCUGUACGUUUUACCAAAAGAAAAAGAUGUUUCAAGAAAAUAGUUUUGGUGUAGACUGUUUAAAAAUAAAAAUGAAUUUAUAGAAUGAAUUUAUUACAUGAAAUAAAUUUUUAAGAAAUCAUUGACAGUGCAUUUCCUUAUUUUACCUAAUCAUUGCUGCGGAUAAAAUUGGAAAGUACAGAUAAUGAACACCAAAUUACUUGCUCAUUUUUUGAUUCAGUCAGGACCAAUCAGCAAGGAAGGUCCUGUUUACAAUGUGCAUCAUGAAUCUCACGAGGUUCGGGGCUAGUUUGUUGUUGUUUAAAGAGGAAGAAAUGACAUUCCAGCAACUUUUGCAAAGGCUCUAUUGACUAUGGAAAGUUGGAUGCAUGGAAGUAUUUCAUCUUUUCUAAAAGAAACAAUCUUUUAUUUGAAAAUAAAAUGUAUUACUUCCUUCUUCAGAUUUCAUUUUUAAAUUGUGCUGUUUGAAUUUUGCGGGUAGAUCUCAUUUGAUUUGGAGCUGGAUCUCUGCGCGGGUACUUACUAACCAUGUGAGCUCACAGAUUAAACCUCUGAUUAUCGGUCCUGUUAUAUGUGAAAUGGGUACAAUCUUACAGGAUUGAGGAUUAAAUAAGAUGAUAAUAUGUGUAAAGAUUUAACUCAGUGCCUGAUACAGCACUUUCUGUUAAUAACUGCUGUGAUGUGCUACAUAAAGUUAAUGUACUAGAUUUAAAUUAAAAUAUAUACAUUUUAUAGUUAAUUCAGUAGAACUUUCUUUGAGGGGGAGUCAUCAAUGGAUU